CAGAAGAAGAGGUGGAAGACGAUCCGAAAGUGCAUCUGGAAGCUAAAGAGCUUUGGGAGCAGUUCCAUAAAAGAGGCACGGAGAUGGUGAUUACCAAAUCGGGAAGGUUUACCCGUCUGAAAUCCCUCUCUAUAUUCGCUACUCAUUGACAUCUGGGCUCUUUUACAACUCUGCCUAUUGCUGUGAUGACACAUAGGGUGAAAACCCCCUUCGCGCCCGGGUGUUUUUCUAAGGGGCUCUCUGAGAAACCUCCCCAACUCUCCGCGUGUGAUUUGCCAGGAGAAUUACUCGAGGAAGCCACUCCUGAAAAGUCUUCUUAGAUGGCCUUCAGCUGCCUGCUAGCAGGAGCUUCACCUACUUGCAAAGCACCAGUUGCAGGCUACAGGCUCAGGGGAAAAAAAAAUAAAUACAAGCCCUAAAAGCAGCAAGGAGGGGAAAAAAAAUUCCCCUCGCCCAUUUUACUGCUUUCCCGAAGUUUUCUCUGUUAAUUGUGGUCAAAAGUUUUUGCGUGAAAGCCUCGGCCGGUAUUAAGGGCUCUUACGUGUUGCAAAGUCAUGUGUUUCCUUUUAAGUUGAGAUUUGCUGAAUGCCAACCGCUCGAUAUAAUAAACAGCAAAUUUGUGGUAUCCUGUUGCAGUUUGGAGCCGGACUUGGGAGUGGAGGGGAGCGGGGUUUGCAGGGAGCCCUCGGCACACGGGGGGAUCUCUGGGAGGCUGGAGCACGGGGAGAGCCCCGGCAACCACCCUGCCCUCGCUGGGGCUUUUUUUCUCCUCUGCAAAGUGAAAAACUCCCCUCCCUGCUCUUCAUCGUGUGACUGGGUUAUAAUAAUGCAGAAUAUUUAUUUUACCGGGGUGCGAUCUGUUCCCAUUUCUUUGUUUAGCAGGCGAAAAGGAAACUAAUGAGACAUCAGAGAGCCCCAAAUGGGCCUUUGCUGUUUAGGAAUGGCAGAGGAGAAUGUUUCCUCCAUUUAAAGUGAGAUGCACUGGACUGGAUAAAAAGGCCAAGUACAUUUUAUUGAUGGAUAUUGUGGCGGCUGAUGAUUGUAGGUACAAAUUCCAUAAUUCCCGGUGGAUGGUAGCCGGCAAAGCUGACCCUGAAAUGCCAAAGAGAAUGUACAUCCACCCGGACAGCCCGGCCACCGGCGAACAAUGGAUGUCCAAAGUCGUCACCUUUCACAAGCUGAAGCUCACUAACAACAUCUCUGACAAGCACGGAUUUACCAUUUUAAACUCCAUGCACAAGUACCAGCCCCGGUUCCACAUCGUCCGAGCCAACGAUAUCCUCAAGCUUCCCUACAGCACGUUCAGGACCUACGUUUUCCCGGAGACUGAAUUCAUCGCAGUGACCGCAUACCAGAAUGAUAAGAUCACUCAAUUAAAAAUUGACAACAACCCCUUUGCCAAAGGUUUUCGGGACACCGGGAAUGGAAGGAGGGAAAAAAGGAAGCAGCUGACCCUGCAGUCCAUGCGGGUGUAUGACGAGAGGCAGAAGAAGGAGAAUCCCACCUCGGACGAGUCGUCCAACGAGCAGACGGCCUUCAAGUGCUUUGCCCAGUCCUCCUGUCCUGCCGUGCCUGCCGUUGGCACCUCCAGCCUCAAAGAUCUCUGCCCCAGCGAGGGAGACAGCGAUGCAGACAGCAAAGACGAUCCCUUGCUAGAAGGCAACGAGUCGGGCAAAAUCAGCACGACCACCGCCGGCACCCCAGCGCCGGCCAGCUCUGCUGCCACCGCGGGGGACGACCCCCGGGAGAAGGGGGGCAGCCCCUCCAAAAGCCACUUCUUCCCCGGGGACUCAGCGGGGAGUAGGAGCCGAGAGAGGACUGAGAAAGCCCCUCCGGACUCCAGGCACAGCCCGGCUGCGAUCUCUUCCAGCACCCGGGGGGGAAGCCUGAGCGGCGAGGAACUGAAAAGCCCCCUCAGGGAUGGCCCCAAAGUAGAUGAGAACCGGCUGCUGGGGAAAGAGCCCUUCGCCCCCCUGACGGUCCAGACCGACAGCACGGCCCACCUGAGCCAGGGACACUUGCAGAACCUCGGCUUCCCCCCUGCCCUGGCCGGCCAGCAGUUCUUCAACCCGCUGGGGAACGGGCACCCGCUGCUGCUGCACCCCGGGCAGUUCGCCAUGGGGGGGGCUUUCUCCGGCAUGGCCGCGGGGAUGGGGCCCCUCCUCGCCACCGUCUCCGGGGCAUCCGCCGGGGUCUCGGGACUUGACAACACGGUCAUGGCCACGGCGGCGGCCCAGGGACUCUCGGGAGCAUCGGCGGCUGCUUUGCCUUUCCAUCUGCAGCAGCACGUCCUGGCUUCGCAGGGCUUGGCCAUGUCUCCCUUCGGAAGCCUCUUCCCUUACCCCUACACCUACAUGGCGGCGGCGGCCGCCGCCUCCAGCGCCGCCUCCAGCUCGGUGCACCGGCACCCCUUCCUCAGCGCCGUGCGGCCGCGGCUCCGCUACAGCCCCUACCCGCUGCCCGUGCCCCUCUCCGACGGCAGCAGCCUCCUCACCACCGCCCUGCCCGGCCUGGCCGCCGGCUCCGGCGAGGGCAAGGCGGGGGGGCUGAGCGCCAGCCCCGGCUCCGUGCCCCUGGACUCCGCCUCGGACCUCACCAGCCGCUCCUCCACCCUCUCCUCCGGCUCCGUCUCCCUCUCCCCCAAACUGGGCGCAGACAAGGAGGCGGCCACCAGUGAACUGCAAAACAUCCAGCGCCUCGUCAGUGGGCUCGACCCCAAGCAGGACAGAUCCCGUAGCGGCUCCCCGUAACCCCCCGGGCCUCCGGGAGCUCAUUUCAAAUCAGUCUCGCAGUGCACUUUGUUUGAAAGAAACCACAUCCUCCACCCCGCGAGUGUUUUUUUUUGCCCUCUCCUUAUUUUGUUUGGUUUUUUUCUUUCUCUUUUUUUUUUGUUUGUUUUUUAAUGUAAAAUCCCGCGGUUUAUCAACAAAAAGGUAUCUGGUGGAGCAACGGGAAGAGGGGUCGGGGAUGGGGGAGCAGAGCCGAGCUGGGAGUGCUGGGUCGGAGCAGCCUGGCCGGGCCGAGGCACCGGUGGGGUUUGUGGCAUCCUCCUUUCAUUUUUUUAUUUUUUUUUAAAACAGUGUAAAAAGAAAAACCAAAACACCCAGGGGAGGAAAAAAAAAAGGCAAGAAAAAAAAAACUAAAAGAAAAAAAAUAAAACAAAAAAUCAAACAGACUUAUGAAUAAAAAUUAAGUAAGAGAAGUGAUUUUUUUUUCUUUCCGAAAGAAAAGUGUGUAAGUAACUCGCAUAUUGGUUCUUCAACAGUUGUUUCUUGGGCGGGUUGUUAACGACAACCCCCUUAGUCGAUAUUAAGGGAAGCUGUGUGUUUAAAAUAUUAUUGUGAUGUCUGAGAGCCAGUCGGUGGCUUUUUUUUUUUUGCAUGUUCCAUAGUAGUCUGCUUUUUUGUGGGGGGGAGGGGAGUAUUUUUUUAUUCCGGUGGGGUUUUGUUGUUUAUUUUCAAUGCUCGUUUCAAAUCCCAGGGAAAAAAAUUAUUAAUAAUAAAAACUAAAAUUAAGACUUUCGUCCCUCUACCUUAAACAUCCUCCCUGUAGCAACAAAAAUAAGAAGUGUAGUUGGAAAGAAAAAAAAAAAGUGAAUUUAUUUUAUCUAAAAACCUCUGUAGCUUGACUGUAGGUUUAUCACAGCUUUCCCUCUUUAAUUGUAUAUGCAAUAACAAGGUUUAAACAUACUGAGAAGAAGAAAAGAGCGGACACUAUUAUUAAAACAAAGUAUUUAUGUAAUUAUUUGAUAACUCCUGUAAAUACGUGGAAUAUGAAUACUCGAAAUUAAACUUUAAUUUAUUGACAUUGUACAUAUCUCUGUAAAUAUGACUGCAGCUGUCUUCUUUUUUUUUCCUUCUGUUUUUAUUUUUAGUCGUUUUCAUUUCAAGUUUGUAAUUCCUUUAAACAUACACCCCGACCCAGAGGAGAAAUUCCCCCAUUUCUGAGGGCUCACUUUUUUAAAGCGGAGCUCAGCCCAGAAAAACCUGACCUCGUCCUUUCGUAAAGGAACCGAAUGCAAAAAAGCAAAGCAGAAAGAAACCAAAUUAAUCAAAGACCUUAAAAGAAUUAAAAGAGAGGAAAAGAAAAAGCAACAUGCCAUGGUAGCUUUUAAUCCUCAGUUUCUUCAGUGUUCAAAGCACUGCUUGCCGUAUAAAAUGUCAACAACAAAAUAAUAAUAUACAUUAAAACACGACAACAGGCUUCUCCAGUGGCUUGAGAGAAAAAAGAAAAAGGUGAAGAUUCUAGGAUUUUCUUUACUUUGUUAUUAUUUU